UGUAAAUGUCAGUGUGUGGCUCCUCCCAUGCACCUGAUGGGGAGUAUUUACAGCUCUUUACAGCUACUCACUGCACUGUUUCCAAGAGCGCAGCGCAGCACCAUGACACUCCACUGGACUUAAAAAGCAAUAAGGAUUUCCACAAAAGUAAACUCUGCGCUAUAUUUUUUUUUUUAAUAUAUAAGAAAAAAAAAAAAGUUUGCCACAAAGUUUGUCCACUUUGUUUUUUCCAAGAUGCCACGCUCUUUUCUGGUCAAGAAACACAUAAACUCUGCAAAGAAGCCAAAUUAUAGUGAGCUGGAGAGCACAACAGUGUUCAUCACUCCACACAUCUACCGGGGCCUUCCUCUGCCUGUCAUCCCCCAGCCGGAGACCCUGAGCCCGGCAGCCUACAGCCCCAUCACGGUGUGGACUACCAGCAGCCUGCCUCUGUCUCCUCUCCCCAGCGACCUCUCGCCCAUCUCCGGAUACCCCUCAUCGCUCUCCGACACCUCCUCUAAAGACCACAGUGGCUCCGAGAGCCCGAGGAGCGAUGAAGACGAGCAGAUGCUGCCUAAACUGACGGACCCUCACGGAGUCGACGCAGAGAAAUUCCAGUGUAGUUUGUGCAGCAAGAGUUACUCCACGUACUCUGGACUGCUCAAGCACAAACAGCUGCACUGCUGCGACGCCCAGACGAGGAAAUCCUUCAGUUGUAAAUACUGCGAGAAGGAGUACGUGAGCCUGGGAGCUCUCAAAAUGCACAUCAGGACUCACACUUUGCCUUGUGUUUGCAAAAUAUGUGGGAAGGCUUUCUCCAGACCGUGGCUGCUCCAAGGACACAUCAGGACACACACAGGUGAGAAGCCGUUCUCCUGCCCUCACUGCAACAGGGCUUUUGCGGACAGGUCCAAUCUCAGGGCUCACCUACAGACCCACUCGGAUGUGAAAAAAUACCAAUGCAAGAACUGCUCCAAAACCUUCUCCAGGAUGUCUCUUCUGCACAAGCAUGAGGAAUCUGGUUGUUGUGUAGCACACUGACUGAACUGGGAUAACUUUCCACCACCAGGAAAAAAAAAGAAAGUCUUCUUUAUUUUUCCAGGAGAACUGUCAGGGAAUCACAUCGAAGGGGGUUUGUUCCCAAAUAUGCAUUUCUGAGAAAUAGCUCUGUGCUCACGUGCUUCUCGUUUCAAGCAGUGUUUUUCGGUGUCGAGCUUUAUCAUGUCAUGUACUCACCUACCUGUGCUAUUCAUGCACUUUCCUGCAUGUCUAGAAUGUGUUAUAUGCCUUCACAAUGUUAUCUUCAGUGUUUUGUACCAAUGUCUAUCAAUGGCUGUUAUGCAGUCCUCCACUUUCUUUUUAUACGCACCACACAAAAGAUACCAAAAAGGCGCAUUAUGAAUGACAGUAUACAUAUAACAAGAGGAAUACUGAAGCCAUUGAUACUUAGGGAACAAGUGCAAACUUAGUUUUUAGGGUGAAAUUAUUAUAACUUUUGCACAGUCAUUUUAAACAGUUUGCCAGCACUCAAAAAAACAAAUUUUCUCAAGUGCCUCAGUUUGACUUGGCAAUAAUAUGUGUUAUUCAACAAGUUUUCCUGUUAUAUUUUUAUAUAUUGAAUGUAAGUGUGACUGAGAUGAUUGUAUAUUUACAGUGAAAACUGAUGCUGAAUGAUUUUUUGAUAUUUUCAUAUUUUCAUGACACUUUUAGAAAUAAAGUUUCAUGACGUUUUGUAUAA